CUCGAGCCCGGCAAGUGUGGCUGCAGGCGCCUGUCGCCACUGCUGUCCCGGGGCUGAGUGGCAUCCAGGUGCCCAGGACUGUGCCUGCUCCAGCGUGUGCGUUACCGAGGGUGAGCGCCGAGCCGGCCCCAGCCUCCAGCUCGCUCCCCCGGGCCGCGGUGCAUGUUCGCCUCCUGCCACUGUGUGCCGAGAGGCAGGAGGACCAUGAAAAUGAUCCACUUUCGGAGCUCCAGCACCAAAUCACUCAGCCAGGAGAUGAAAUGCACCAUCCGGCUGCUGGACGACUCGGAGAUCUCCUGCCACAUCCAGAGGGAGACCAAAGGGCAGUUUCUUAUUGACCACAUCUGCAACUACUACAGCUUGCUGGAGAAGGACUACUUCGGCAUUCGUUACGUGGACCCAGAGAAGCAGCGGCACUGGCUUGAACCUAACAAGUCCAUCUUCAAGCAAAUGAAAUCUCAUCCACCAUACACCAUGUGCUUUAGAGUGAAAUUCUACCCACAUGAACCCCUGAAGAUUAAAGAAGAGCUCACAAGGUACCUUUUGUACCUGCAAAUUAAGAGAGAUAUUUUCCACGGUCGACUACUCUGCUCCUUCUCAGAUGCUGCCUACCUGGGUGCAUGCAUCAUUCAAGCUGAGCUCGGUGAUUACGAUCCUGAUGAGCAUCCUGAGAAUUACAUCAGUGAGUUUGAGAUUUUCCCUAAGCAGUCACAGAAGCUGGAAAGAAAAAUGGCAGAAAUCCAUAAAAGCGAACUCAGAGGCCAGAGCCCGCCGGUUGCUGAAUUUAACUUACUCCUGAAAGCUCACACUUUGGAAACCUAUGGGGUGGAUCCUCACCCAUGCAAGGAUUCAACAGGCACAACAACAUUUUUGGGAUUCACUGCUGCAGGCUUUGUGGUAUUUCAGGGAAAUAAGAGAACCCAUUUGAUAAAAUGGCCAGAUGUCUGCAAAUUGAAGUUUGAAGGGAAGACAUUUUAUGUGAUUGGCACCCAGAAGGAGAAAAAAGCCAUGUUGGCAUUCCAUACCUCAACACCAGCUGCCUGCAAACAUCUCUGGAAGUGUGGGGUGGAGAACCAGGCCUUUUAUAAGUAUGCCAAGUCCAGUCAGAUCAAGACUGUGUCCAGCAGCAAGAUAUUUUUUAAAGGAAGUAGAUUCUGAUACAGCGGUAAGGUUGCCAAAGAGGUGGUGGAGGCGAGUUCCAGAAUCCAGAGGGAUCCUCCGGAGGUGCACAGAACCAACAUUUCCCAGAGUCGCAGUUCCCACUCCUUGAACAAACAGCUCAUUAUUAACAUGGAGCCCCUGCAGCCCUUGCUGCCUUCCCCCAGCGAGCAGGAAGAGGACCUUCCCCUGGGUGAGGGUAUUCCUUUGCCAAAAGAAGAUGCCAUUUCUGCCCCCUUGAUCUCCAGCUCACCAGUGAAAGAAGCCCGGGAGUACGAAGACCCCCCAAGCGAAGAGGAAGAUAAAAUAAAAGAAGAGCCUUUGACUAUCUCUGAACUGUCAUACAACCCCAGUGCAAGCCUGCUCCCCACCCCAGUUGAUGAUGAUGAGAUUGACAUGCUCUUUGACUGUCCAUCAAGGCAUGAGUUGGAAAGAGAAGACCUAGAUUCAUUUGAGGAACUGGAAGCAGAUGAAAAUGCCUUUUUGAUGGCUGAAGAAGAGGAGCUAAAGGAAGCUCACCGAGCUUUGUCAUGGAGCUAUGACAUUCUGACCGGCCAUAUUCGGGUGAACCCACUGGUCAAGAGUUUUUCCAGGCUCCUUGUGGUGGGCCUGGGGCUGCUGCUCUUUGUAUUCCCCCUGCUCCUCCUCCUUUUGGAGUCAGGUAUUGAUCUCUCCUUCUUAUGUGAAAUCCGCCAGACGCCAGAGUUUGAGCAGUUUCACUAUGAAUAUUACUGUCCUCUCAAGGAGUGGGUGGCUGGCAAAGUAAACCUCAUUCUCUAUAUGCUGGGUUGCUCAUAAAAUACAUAUCUCAUAUGACUAAGGGCUAUAUUCAAUAUUAGGGAUGUGUAUUUCUCAAGCAAAUGCCUGGUUCUGAAUGGUCAAGGAGCCGUCAACACGUGUUCCUUACUCAAAAUUGAUUAUUCAGACCUUUAAGUUAGCUUUCCAUAAUUCACUGCACUUAAUAAGUUUAAAUCGAACACAGUAAUUUCAGUUAUAGGUCAGGGAGUUGGACUCUAAAUAACCCAAAAUGUUUAUUUUUAUUAUAUCACAGGGAGACUCUUUAUCUAUUAUAAUACAUAAUACAUUGAGCUGAAUUAGAUUUCCCCCCUUUAUAAUAGUUAUCAUCAUUAUAAGAUAUAAGGUUCAGAAUCAGAAUUUUAGUGAAAAUUCAAGAGAAAGUUUUUGAAUAUAAUCCUUAGUGAAAAUAAUGUCCUCUAACCAAUGCCUAUACUGUUAAAUUAAUGCUGGGUUUUUGUUUUUUUAAAAAUAUUUUUAUGUGUUCAGAAUAUUUUGGUAAAUUUUUAGCAAAAAAAACAAAGAAAAAAAGAAAAAAAAAAAAAGAAGCCUCCUGGAGUUAUUGUACAGACUGUAAGACUAAUGCACAAAGGGUAUGUUGGGAAUUUUUUAAUGUUUUGGCCCAGGUUUGUUUUUAAAAAUAAUUUUGGGUAAAAAAAAAAAAUCCCAUAAUUUGUUGUUAGCUGCAUAUGAGAUAGAAAAUAGGUAGACUGUAGUAAGUAGGCUCCUAAAACAAAUGAUGGAACUGGAGGAUGUAGAAACUGAGCAUCAAAUGGACCACAGGGUCCAUUUCAAAAGUAUUUGGAUGGGAGGACUUGUUACUUUCAUUUGCAUUCUAUCCAUAUAUUUUGGCUAAGGAAGCAAAACUUUAAAGGAAAAAGUAAAGAUAUAUGCCAAUUAAUUGCAUGUUAUUGUACAUUUAUCCAAGAGUGGAAGCAGAUGUUGGACAAAUGGCAAGUAGCAAAAACUGUUUUGGUGAGGCUGGUAGGCAAGCGGUGGUAGGAAGGUGAUCUAUUUUAUGGAAGUGAUGGUGAUGCAAGGUAUUGGGUACUGUAAAGAACAGCACACUCGCUGUCCAAGUUGACAUGAAUAUAUUUAAGUGGAUCUAAAUAAAAGUGGAGAAAUGUUAAGGUACAUUUUUGGUUCCUCAUGCCAUUCAUUGUGUUUCUGUGGAAGAAACUUUAAAAGAAGUAUGUGUAUGUGAGAGAGGGGGUGGGGAGAGAAUGGAUUCUGGCUUUUUGAUAAAUGCCAAUUAUCUUUUGUGAUAGUAAUUAUAUUCCUUUCCUGGUUUCCUUAAGAACUCAUUCAUAAUUGGGGCUCUCAUUAAGGAAGUGGACGGGAUUCAUUAAAUGACAUAUUUCAGCUUGGGUGAAGUAGAGAGACUCAGUAGAAGGGACAAAUGUUCUAGUACCUUCCUUCAUACCAUUAAAUCCAUAACAGAAAGGCUCUGAUGCCUUCCCAGGCAGCAUAAUGACCAAUCCUGCGGUAUACCGUAAGUGAGAAAGGUAAGAGCAAGGAGGUUUGGAUUUCUCCAUGAAUUGAAAAUGUUCCAUUGCCUUCAUUUACAAAGAGAUUGGGCUUCCUGUAAUCUCUCCCUAACUCCAACGGAAACUUCAGUUUUAUAUUAGCAUAAUCUCCACACUGGUCAUUCCCAUCCUACUUACUCAUGGAGCUCUGAGUGCUUGAUUAGAUAUUCAAUUUUGAAAGUAAGUUUUAAAAGUCAGCUUAUGAAGCCUUCAGUUAAGCAAACUAUAAUCAAUUUAUUUUAUAUUAAGUUUGUAGGGUGUUCUUUCUCACGUGCUUUCUUUUUGCAUUUUAAUGUUUCAUGCCUGAAAUUGGAUAACAAUAUAUACACAUAUACUUUCUAUAGUUCAUUUUGGAAGUUUGCAAAUGACCAGCUUUGAAAUUGAACUUAUUCCCCCCCCCUCCCUUUUCAUACGACAUUGAAGUCAUACUUUCUGAUAAAAGGGCCCACCAGUGUCCCCUUUCUGAUUAUGCUUCAAUUUCUGACCAUACCAAAUCAUCUAGCUUUCGUCCUUUAAAAUAAUAUUUUUAAAUUAUGGAAGAAAUAUAUUGCCCAUCAUAAAACAUUUGAAAACUACUGACAGGAUAAAUAUCACAUGUAGUCCAACCAUGUAGAUCUAUAUUAAUUAGUAAUACAUUUAUUAUUUUUACAUUUCCAGCUAACAUCUCUUUUUUCUCUUAGGCGAAAACUUGAUUAUUGAAUAGAAAUAUUUUAAGUGAAGGAGUUGACAGGAUAGGGUCGGCUGAAUUUAAACAAUAGUCACCAAAAGUAAAAGUGGGAUAGAAUAAGAGCCAUUUUAGGAAUACCACUUAAGUUUGGUAGAAGACUUGUCACCAGCUGCCUGAAUGAAAUGAGAAAAAGACUGCUUCCAAGAUGGAAAGUAUAUAAUAAUAUAGUGAGAUACAGUGGUCAAAGCAAGUGUGUGAGUAUAUGUAUAGUCCAUAUUAUUGGCAUAUGUGUUUAUGUAUGAAUAUAUGUCACCCCACUGAUAUGCCCCUCAUACACAGUUGUGUUUACUUUUUCCCAAUUGAGGAAUUUGUGAUGUUAUUAUUCCUUUUCCCCAUCAGUUAUCACGGUGGAUAAAACAGUCUCAAAGGUUCCAAUUUCUCAUGAAAAUCACUGUGUGUACAUAAUUAUAUAUAUACACACAUAUAUGGCAAAUACAUAUACACACACAAUCUUGUCUUUAGUGCUAUUGCAAGUUGGAUCAUGAAAAAGUGUAGGUAAAGUAUCGUGUUUCUGUCUGUGCUUGGAACAUGUAAAAUGUUAUGUAUUUGGAAUAUAUUUUGUGGCUUGUCUAAUAUUUAUAAAAUCAACUCUGGGAAGAAUUCAAAAUGAAUUGAUUUCAUUGAAAUACUAGGGAUAUGGGGGCCAUGUUACCUAUAAUUGGAGCCUUAUCUUUGUAUAGUGAAAUUUGCAUUUCUAUGUCAACAUUCAGAUUGUUUUAUAUGUUAAUAUGGUGGCAGAAAUCCCUAAUAAACGUACUCUGGGGAAAAAA